AUGACGAAUCAGAUAGGGAAACCUGAGGUAUCGCCACACGAGGGCAUCUGGAGCAGUUUGCUGGAAGAAGCGCUACAUGGUUCGUCCCGUCUGAGUGAAACUAAGCAGAUUGUGUUAGUCGGCGGCCCACAUUCAGGCAAAGCAGCGAUAGCUAGGAACGUACUAGGGGUUGGUGGAAAAGGAAAGGAGAGUGAAUACGAUGCAUAUGCACUCAGAGGAGGUCCAUCGUAUCUGGAUAACAAAGGGCUUGGGCUGGCGUAUGAGUAUGUGAAUGUCAAGGUGAAGGAGGAAGAUGAGGCACAUAUUGGCGUUUGGACGCUGGGAAGUGAUGUAUCGUAUGGAACAUUACUACCGCAUGCCCUGGGUGGGAAGGCCGACGGUAACGAAGGGAAUACCAAUCUACAAAACACUUUGUUCAUGUUUGUGGUCGACUGGUCGAGGCCUUGGCUGAUACUGCCAUCACUGGAGAAGUGGGUGAGUGUUGUAGAGGCACAGCUAGAUACUGUGCUGGGUGACGACUACGAGACACGGGUAGCUAUGGAAACGGCACUGGUGGAUAAAUUCAGACUGUAUAGAGACCCCAAGGGUGGUAUGGAAGCAAUCGAGGAGGAGUUAAAGACAGCAACAAUCAAGCGGAAGGUUAAGCGAACACCUACGAAUUCGUUGGCGGCUGCCACACAGACACCCACAAAGGCCAAGUCACCUGACCCCGUACAGACUGUCGGUAGUCCGAAGGCGGGGUCGAAAGCACCCUUGGGUGCACAGAAACUGACACAGGGAGCUUUGGUGAAUAACUUGGGCUUGGAUAUGCUUGUUGUGGCUACAAAGGUGGACGUUUUAAAUUCAAAUGACACACUUACCUCGGAACAAGCGGACUUCAUUCUGUACAAGCUGAGGAUAUUCUGCUUGAAAUACGGUAUGGGGCUUGUGAACACCUCCACAACGGCCAAGAACAACUGCGAUCUACUACUCAGCUACACACUGCAUCUGCUGUACAAUCGGCAGUUCAUGAGCACAGCGAACGUAAUCGACAGAGGUAACAUUUUUGUACCAAGGGGCUGGGACACUUAUCCAAAGAUUGAUGUGCUGGCUGGGAAUAUAAAGUCAAUGAACCCCGAGGAAUCAUUUGAAGAUGUCAUCAAGGAACCCACACUGCCAAACCGUACCUCUCCAUUGCCUUUCCGUGCGAUAGCCGAUAGUGGCGAUAACAGGAAAACGCCAGCCGAAUUGGAACAGAGUUUCCUAUCACGCAUCCGGAAAGGACUGGAGGCGGCCGCCGAAGCGAACAAAUCGUCCAGUACCACCACAGGCGCACAAGCCUUACAGUCAUCCCAUGAAAGGGACAAUGCAGCAGAGCGAGAUGGGGCAAGACGGGUGUCUUCUAAUUCCACUGCAAGUGGUGCAGCGACAGCGGAGAAGAACAAGGAUCCGGCGGCGUUCUUUGCGACGCUGAUGAAACAACCCCUGGCGAGAAGUGCGACGCCUAAACACUAGUUAUCGGGAUGGUAUUUAGCUGCAAGUGAUUGAGGUGUAUAUUGGGAAAUAAAAUAUCUACUAGAGCC